UGACAUGUUGCUUAGUACAAUAGUUCGUUCCUGUCCAAUAGUAAACCACUCCCGCCACCCCUUUUUUCACCUAAACCGCAGCCUUAGAUCAUCAAAACCACUUUCUUCACUUUCUUCAACCCAUCAUCAUCAUCAUCCAAUGGUGUCUCUUCUCGUUGCAACAACAUCCGACCCUGCUUCAAUCAACCCUGCCAAUGCCCUCUUAGCCAUGCCAGGUUGGCAACCUGGACCCCAUUUCCAGGAUGAUAUGAAGAGUUUUGUGAAUGAAGGGUUGAGAGUGUUGCUUCAUGGAAAGAGUAUAGUGGUGGAAGAUUAUUUGGAUACAAGGUGGGAAGAGGUUACUGGAGAGGUUGUUGAUGAAGUCAUCUUCUUAAGUAAACACACUGCUGCUUCUAAUAAACCUGCUCUCACUGUUCAUCCUAUUGGAGUUCCACAUUUGCGUGAAGGUGAUGUUCCACCUCAAGGUGGGAAACCUGGAUGGGCAGCACUGCCAAAUCCUAGGAUUGGACCUUGGAUUCGACUUUUGAAAAAUAUUGCUCAGGCUCAUAAUCUGGUCCCUGAGUUUGAGAUUACUCUGGAGGCCACUCAUCAUGGACCAAUGACAAAUAAGCCAACUAUGUUUCUGGAGAUUGGAAGUACUGAAGAUUACUGGAAAAGACAAGAUGCUGCUCAAGUUAUGGCUCAGUUAGUCUGGGAAGGACUUGGACUUGGAGGAGGGACUGAUGUCGGAAACUGGAGCAGGGAGAAUGAUAAGAAGAAAGUCCUUCUUGGGAUAGGUGGUGGACAUUAUGUGCCUAGGCAUAUGAAUGUAGUGUUGAAAGACGGUGUUUGGGUUGGUCACGUACUUUCUGGAUAUUCGGUGCCAAUGGAAGAUCCAAAAGGAGAAACAAAUGUGGAGAUUGGAGGAACUUGGAAACAGUCUAUAAAAGCUGCAUACGAGGCAACUAAAUCUGCUUUUCCUGGUGGCGAAAUUAUUGCACAUCUUGACCAAAAGAGUUUCAAGGGCUGGCAGAAGAAUGCCAUCACAGGAUUCCUCACGGAGCAGAAUAUUAAAAUUGGAAAGCCAAAUAACUUCUAUUGAGUGUCGAUUUAAGAGGAUGUUAUUGUGAACACAGAAUGUGCAGAUUGCAGACAGAGGCAUGCUGCAAAUUUUUGUAGACCAGAUUAGCAGUAAAAGUGAUUUUGAUACAAAGUAAUUUACAUAUUGUUUUUUCAAGAUUUCUAAGAGAAAGCAAAAGUCAUUUUAUGUUUGUUUAAAAUUAGAAAGUGAUUUUGUAUUUCUCUCUAUUAGAAAUAAUUUCAGGCGCUUUAGAAGGUUAGCAUAUAUGUUAUGCUCCUAUGUAUUUAUUUUGGAAUUGUACCGUAGAUUGAUAAUAUAUGUAUGUAUGACAGAUUAAUAUGAAUGUAUUUGCCUUGGCAAUAUUUGAGUCAAAAGAUAUACAAUAAAAUAUAGUUACUUGUCCA